AGUCUCAAUAUAAAGGGCUGGCAAGUACAGUCUGACUAUUACCUGCUUUAGGGACAGCAAGCCCACAGCUGCAACGAUGAGGUGGAGAUGUGUGUGGUUGUGUUUCCUUGCUUUGUCUGUUGCCAGUGUCACUGAUGUCCAAGCCAGACUGGUUCGCAACCAUGUCAGCAGCAUCUGCAGCACAUGGGGCAGAGAGCACUUCAAGACGUUUGAUGGUGAUGUGUACCAGUUCCCUGGUAUGUGUGAAUACAACCUGGCCUCAGACUGCCAUGAAUCCUACCAGGAAUUCUCAGUGCACAUGAAGAGGAAAGAGAAUGAUGGAAACCCUACAGUUAGUUAUGUGUCGGUCACCAUCAGUGACCUUUCAUUCCACCUCACCAAGAGCCUGGUCACUGUGAAUGGCUUGCCUAUCAAAAUGCCAUACUACAAUGCAGGAGUACAAGUAGAAGAAAAUGCUGUUUACAUCAAGCUCCAAUCUAAAGUCGGCAUCAUUGUCGUGUGGAAUGGUGAUGAUGCAGUCAUGGUGGAACUGGAUCCUGACUAUGCUAAUCGUACUUGUGGGCUUUGUGGAGACUUCAACGGUGUUUCUGUCUACAAUGAAUUAAUUCAUAAUGGUCGCAAAAUCAGCCCCAUUGAGUUUGGCAACAAACAGAAAGUCCAUCAUCCAAACGACGAUUGUGAGGACCCCUACGAAGAGGAAGAGGAAUCACCGGAGGCUGUUACUGUGCCGGAUUCAUGCAAGGAGUUUCAAACGACCUGUGACCAGAUGCUGCGUUCAGAGUCCUGGAGCUCCUGCACCAAACUAAUUAACCCUGAACCUUACAUCCAGGCCUGUGUGCAGGACAUGUGUGGCUGCACCAACAGUACAAAUGACUUCUGCGUCUGCAGCACACUGUCUGAGUUGUCUCGACAGUGUUCACAUGCAGGAGGGCAGCCUCCCAACUGGAGGACACCUCAGUUCUGUGCUAAACAAUGCCCAUUCAAUAUGGUUUAUGAAGAGAGCGGUUCCCCUUGCAUGGAUACAUGCACACAUCUAGAUACAAGUUCCCUGUGUGAGGACCACAAAAUGGAUGGCUGCUUCUGUCCUCUUGGAACUGUGUUUGAUGAUAUUUCCAUGAGAGGGUGUAUUGCUCAAUCUGAAUGUCAGUGCAAGCACGACAAAAUCUAUAACUCCGGUGAGGUUUACCAACAGGACAGAGAGAAAUGUACAUGUUUUGAGGGUAGAUGGGCUUGUGAGAGCCUUCAAAUGCCUGCUACAUGUUCAGUUGAAGAGGGUUCAUAUGUAACUACCUUUGAUGGGAAAACUUACACCUUCCAUGGAGACUGUUACUACACCCUAGCCAAGGUGGAAAGCAAGAAUGAUGUAAGUCCGAAGUUUACCAUCCUGGUUCAGUUGGUGCCAUGUGCAAAUCAGAAGUCAGACACUUGUCUUAAGAGCCUUAAAAUCCUGCUGAACAAUGACAGAAACAAUGUAUUAAUGUUCACUUCCGAUGGCACAGUAAAGCAGAAUAUGCAGACCAUCAGUUUGCCAUACCACUCAGGUGAUGUCAACAUAUUCCACGCUUCAUCCUUUCACAUCUUGCUCCAGACCAGUUUUGGGUUGCAAAUUCAGAUCCAGCAUGUGCCUGUCAUGCAAGUCUAUGUCAGCCUGGAACAGAGCUACAGAGCAAAGACACGUGGUUUAUGUGGAAACUACAACAUGGUCCUGUCUGAUGACAUGAAGACACCUCAGGGGAUCGUGGAGGGAACAGCAGCAACUUUUAGUAACUCCUGGAAAGCUAACUUCAUGUGCCAAGAUGGCGAGGAAAGACUUGAUGACCCCUGUGCCCUCAGUGUGGAAAAUGAGAAUUACGCCAAACACUGGUGCGCCUUGCUGCUAAGUCCAAACAGUACCUUUGCGCAGUGCCAUUCAGCGGUGGAUCCUGAGAUGUACUAUAAGCGAUGUACUUAUGCUAGCUGUAACUGUGAGAAGAGUGAGGCCUGCCUGUGUGCCGUCUUCUCCUCCUAUGCACGAGCUUGUGCAUCAAAGGGAGUGUUCUUGACAGACUGGAGAGAGAACGUGUGCGAUAAAUACACAAGGAGCUGCCCAGAAUCUCAGACCUUCUCUUACAAGCAUCAGAGAUGCCAGUUGACUUGCAGAUCGCUUGGCUCAAAGCAGCAAAGCUGCACUUCUGACUUCUUGCCUGUGGAUGGCUGCUCCUGCUCUGAGGGUCUCUAUCUAAAUGAAAAUGGCAUGUGCGUCCCCAUGGCAAAAUGUCCCUGCUACCAUAACGAAGUCUACAUCAAGCCAGGAAAGUCCAUCAGCAUCAAAGACGAGCACUGUGUGUGCACCAAUGGAAUGCUUCAUUGCCAUUCUUGGAGAGCCCGCUCAUCAACAUGCCCUUCUCCAAAAGUAUUCUACAACUGCUCCACUGUGGGCACAGGAGAGCUUGGACUGCAGUGUGCUCGAACUUGUUUGAAUCUGGACAGCGAUGAUUGUGUCUCCACAGAGUGUGAAUCUGGCUGUCAGUGUCCAGGUGGCCUCAUCGAUGAUGGCAAAGGCUCCUGUGUGAAAGAAAAUGAAUGUCCAUGUCAGCAUGAUGGCCGUCUUUAUGCACCGGGAACAAAAAUCCCUAACCAGUGCAACACCUGCACCUGCAAAAGUGGAAAAUGGGAGUGCACAAAGAAAAAAUGUCCAGGAGCUUGCAUUAUUUAUGGGAGUGGUCACUACAAUACAUUUGAUCAGCGAACAUAUGGGUUUCAUGGACAUUGUGCCUAUGUUGCUGUUAAGAACAAAUGUGGCAAUAACACAGUACAGGACAACUUUGGAGUUAUCACAGAAAAUAUACCAUGUGGAUCUACAGGCACCACAUGCUCCAAAACUGUCAGAAUCCAACUGGGGCGAAUGGAAGUCAAACUGUCAAAGGGUGAAUAUAAAGAAGAGGACCUGGGACAUGGCCCUCAGAUUCAGUACAAAAUAAGGAAGGUUGGGUUGUAUCUGGUUAUAGAAUCUGCCAUUGGUCUGACAGUGAUGUGGGAUCGCAAAACAACUGUUCGCGUCUUCCUGGAACCACAGCACAGCGGAGAGGUAUGUGGCCUGUGUGGAGAUUUUGAUGGUGAUGGACAGAAUGACUUCACCACCCAGGGUCAGCUGGUAGUGAGCAGUCCGUUAGAAUUUGCAAACAGCUGGAAAGCGUCAAGCAGCUGCAAAGAUGCGGAAAUUAAUGUUGACCCUUGUGGAGCAAGACCCAAUAGACAUCACUGGGCAAAAAUGAUGUGCAGCAUUAUAACUGCAAAGGACGGCACUUUCAAAGACUGCCACAAUAAGGUAGAGCCCCAUCCAUUUUAUGAAAACUGUGUGAAAGACUCAUGUGCCUGUGACUCUGGAGGAGACUGUGAGUGUUUUUGCACAGCAGUUGCAGCUUAUGCUCAAGCUUGUAAUGAGGCCGAUGUCUGUGUUGCAUGGAGAACUCCAGAAAUCUGCCCUGUCUUUUGUGAUUACUACAACAACCCAGGUGAAUGCAAGUGGCACUACAACCCUUGCCACACACCUUGCUACAAGACCUGCUUGAAUCCACAAGAAAAUUGUAACAACCAUAUACCCAACCUGGAAGGCUGUUACCCUGUAUGCCCAGAAGAUAAGCCCAUAUUUGAUGAGGAGACCCAGAUGUGUGUGGAGGAAUGUACAGGCUGCUUUUACAACGGGUCUAGAUACGAGGAAGAGGAAGUCAUUUACAAUGUGACGGACAAUUUGGGAAUGUGCUACUAUGCAAUAUGCAUUAAUGCAACAGUGAUACAUGAAAAUGAAACCUGCUCUGUUACUGUCUCAACAACAACUAUGGCCACCACUACACUUGUAACCUCACCAACCCAACCUCCCACUACAACUGCAGGGCCAACCACAAUCACAAUAUCUACGACCACACCAACCGAACCUCCCACUACAACUGCAGGGCCAACCACAACCACAAAAUCUACGACCCCACCAACUGAACCUCCCACUACAACUGCAGUGCCAACCACAACCACAAAAUCUACGACCACACCAACCCAACCUCCCACUACAACUGCAGGGCCAACCACAACCACAAUAUCUACAACCACACCAACCGAACCUCCAACUACAAGUGCAGGGCCAACCACAACCACAAAAGCUACAACCGAACCUCCCACUACAACUGCAGGGCCAACCACAACAAAAUCUACAACUUUGUCAACUACCAUAACUCCUACCACCACUCCAUGUAUUACAACGUGUCAAUGGUCAGAGUGGUAUGAUGUGCAUAACCCACAAAAGGACAAAAGUGACUGGGAAACAUAUCAAAACAUCACAAAUAGCGGUAAACAAAUAUGCAAAAAUCCCAAAGAAAUUGAGUGUGGAUUAACAGAUUAUCCUGACAAAGACUUCAAUGACUUUGUGAGUCAAACUGGCCAAGUUGUUACUUGUGAUGUGGGAUAUGGUCUUAUAUGUAGAAAAGAGGACCAAUUCAGACCGCCACGAAAAUGCUUCAACUAUAAGAUCAGAGUAUGUUGUGAGGUUGAGAUAUGUAAUACCACAACCCCAUCAACCAAACCUUCCACUACAACUGCAGGGCCAACCACAACCACAAUAUCUACGACCACACCAACCGAACCUCCCACUACAACUGCAGGGCCAACCACAACCACAAAAUCUACGACCACACCAACCGAACCUCCCACUACAACUGCAGGGCCAACCACAACCACAAAAUCUACGACCCCGCCAACCGAACCUCCCACUACAACUGCAGGGCCAACCACAACCACAAAAGCUACAACUGAACCUCCCACUACAACUGCAGGGCCAACCACAACCACAAAAGCUACAACCCCACCAACCCAACUUCCCACUACAACUGCAGGGCCAACCACAACCACAAAAUUUACGACCACACCAACUGAACCUCCCACUACAACUGCAGGGCCAACCACAACCACAAAAUCAACGACCACACCAACCCAACCUCCCACUACAACUCCAGGGCCAACCACAACCACAAAAGCUACAACUGAACCUCCCACUACAACUGCAGGGCCAACCACAACCACAAAAGCUACGACCCCACCAACCCAACCUCCCACUACAACUGCAGGGCCAACCACAACCACAAAAUCUCCGACCACACCAACUGAACCUCCCACUACAACUGCAGGGCCAACCACAACCACAAAAGCUACGACCACACCAACCGAACCUCCCACUACAACUCCAGGGCCAACCACAACCACAAAAGCUACAACUGAACCUCCCACUACAACUGCAGGGCCAACCACAACCACAAAAGCUACGACCACACCAACCCAACCUCCCACUACAACUGCAGGGCCAACCACAACCACAAUAUCUACGACCACACCAACUGAACUUCCCACUACAACUGCAGGGCCAACCACAACCACAACCACAAAAGCUACAACCGAACCUCCCACUACAACUGCAGGGCCAACCACAACAAAAUCUACAACUUUGUCAACUACCAUAACUCCUACCACUACUCCAUGUAUUACAACGUGUCAAUGGUCAGAGUGGUAUGAUGUGCAUAACCCACAAAAGGACAAAAGUGACUGGGAAACAUAUCAAAACAUCACAAAUAGCGGUAAACAAAUAUGCAAAAAUCCCAAAGAAAUUGAGUGUGGAUUAACAGAUUAUCCUGACAAAGACUUCAAUGACUUUGUGAGUCAAACUGGCCAAGUUGUUACUUGUGAUGUGGGAUAUGGUCUUAUAUGUAGAAAAGAGGACCAAUUCAGACCGCCACGAAAAUGCUUCAACUAUAAGAUCAGAGUAUGUUGUGAGGUUGAGAUAUGUAAUACCACAACCCCAUCAACCAAACCUUCCACUACAACUGCAGGGCCAACCACAACCACAAUAUCUACGACCCCACCAACCAAACCUCCCACUACAACUGCAGAGCCAACCACAACCACAAAAGCUACGACCACACCAACCAAACCUCCCACUACAACUCCAGGGCCAACCACAACCACAAAAGCUACAACUGAACCUCCCACUACAACUGCAGGGCCAACCACAACCACAAAAGCUACGACCACACCAACCCAACCUCCCACUACAACUGCAGGGCCAACCACAACCACAAAAUCUACGACCACACCAACUGAACCUCCCACUACAACUGCAGGGCCAACCACAACCACAAAAUCUACGACCACACCAACCCAACCUCCCACUACAACUGCAGGACCAACCACAACCACAAUAUCUACGACCACACCAACCGAACCUCCAACUACAACUGCAGGGCCAACCACAACCACAAAAUCUACGACCCCACCAACCCAACCUCCCACUACAACUGCAGGGCCAACCACAACCACAAAAUCUCGACAGCCAACCACAACCACAAAAUCUGCACACCAACCGCCAACUACAACUGCAGGGCCAACCACAACCACAAAAGCUCCGACCCCACCAACCGAACCUCCCACUACAACUCCAGGGCCAACCACAACCACAAAAGCUACAACUGAACCUCCCACUACAACUGCAGGGCCAACCACAACCACAAAAGCUACGACCCCACCAACCCAACCUCCCACUACAACUGCAGGGCCAACCACAACCACAAAAUCUACGACCACACCAACUGAACCUCCCACUACAACUGCAGGGCCAACCACAACCACUAAAUCUACGACCACACCAACCAAACCUCCCACUACAACUGCAGGGCCAACCACAACCACAAAAUCUACGACCACACCAACCCAACCUCCCACUACAACUCCAGGGCCAACCACAACCACAAAAGCUACAACUGAACCUUCCACUACAACUGCAGGGCCAACCACAACCACAAAAGCUACGACCCCACCAACCCAACCUCCCACUACAACUGCAGGGCCAACCACAACCACAAAAUCAACGACCACACCAACCCAACCUCCCACUACAACCGCAGGGCCAACCACGACCACAAUAUCUACGACCACACCAACCGAACCUCCAACUACAACUGCAGGGCCAACCACAACCACAAAAGCUACGACCCCACCAACCGAACCUCCCACUACAACUGCAGGGCCAACCACAACCACAAAAGCUCCGACCCCACCAACCGAACCUCCCACUACAACUCCAGGGCCAACCACAACCACAAAAGCUACAACUGAACCUCCCACUACAACUGCAGGGCCAACCACAACCACAAAAGCUACGACCCCACCAACCCAACCUCCCACUACAACUGCAGGGCCAACCACAACCACAAAAUCUACGACCACACCAACUGAACCUCCCACUACAACUGCAGGGCCAACCACAACCACUAAAUCUACGACCACACCAACCAAACCUCCCACUACAACUGCAGGGCCAACCACAACCACAAAAUCUACGACCACACCAACCCAACCUCCCACUACAACUCCAGGGCCAACCACAACCACAAAAGCUACAACUGAACCUUCCACUACAACUGCAGGGCCAACCACAACCACAAAAGCUACGACCCCACCAACCCAACCUCCCACUACAACUGCAGGGCCAACCACAACCACAAAAUCAACGACCACACCAACCCAACCUCCCACUACAACCGCAGGGCCAACCACGACCACAAUAUCUACGACCACACCAACCGAACCUCCAACUACAACUGCAGGGCCAACCACAACCACAAAAGCUACGACCCCACCAACCGAACCUCCCACUACAACUGCAGGGCCAACCACAACCACAAAAUCUACGACCACACCAACCCAACCUCCCACUACAACCGCAGGGCCAACCACGACCACAAUAUCUACGACCACACCAACCGAACCUCCAACUACAACUGCAGGGCCAACCACAACCACAAAAGCUACGACCCCACCAACCGAACCUCCCACUACAACUCCAGGGCCAACCACAACCACAAAAGCUACAACUGAACCUCCCACUACAACUGCAGGGCCAACCACAACCACAAAAGCUACGACCCCACCAACCCAACCUCCCACUACAACUGCAGGGCCAACCACAACCACAAAAUCUACGACCACACCAACUGAACCUCCCACUACAACUGCAGGGCCAACCACAACCACAAUAUCUACGACCACACCAACCCAACCUCCCACUACAACUGCAGGGCCAACCACAACCACAAAAGCUACAACUGAACCUCCCACUGCAACUGCAGGGCCAACCACAACCACAAAAUCUACGACCCCACCAACCCAACCUCCCACUACAUCUGCAGGGCCAACCACAACCACAAAAGCUACGACCCCACCAACCAAACCUCCCACUACAACUGCAGGGCCAACCACAACCACAAAGGCUACGACCACACCAACCGAACCACCCACUACAACUGCAGGUCCAACCACAACCACAAAAUCUACGACCACACCAACCCAACCUCCCACUACAACUGCAGGGCCAACCACAACCACAAAAGCUACGACCGCACCAACCCAACCUCCAACUACAACUGCAGGGCCAACUACAACCACAAAAGCUACGACCCCUCCAACCCAACCUCCCUCUACAACUGCAGGGCCAACCAAAACCACACCCACAAAGUCCACAACUGCACCAACCGAACCUCCUACUACAACUGAAAAGCCAACUACUGUUUCGACAACUUCUACAACAUUAGAAACGCCUGUCACUGGUCCAACACCUGUGAAGCCAUCAUCUCCCCCCAUUGUCGUCCACACUACAACGUCUGAAACGACACCAUCAACAAUAAUCACGCCAAGUGUCACUACGGAAUGCUUCUGUAUAGUUAAUGGCAAGCAUUAUAGGCCAGGGGAUGUAAUAUUUGACAGGGAACACAUCGGAUCAGAUGUGUGUCUCACAAUGAUAUGUUCUGAUAUUUGUGAGAUUCACAACAAGACUGAAAUUUGCGUGUCCACGACUGUGCCUACAAGCACAACUUUGGUGCCUACAACCACAACUUUUGUGCCUACCUGCCCUGAAUGGGAAGUAACACAAAAUGAGACCUUUUAUCUGUGCAACUGCACCAUGGCCAGAUGCAUUGAGAACAAUACAAUUGAAAUAAUUCCAUAUGAAUGUCCACCCAUUGAGAACAUCACUUGUGCCAAUGGAAAGAAACCAGUUCUUGUGUAUGAUGAGUAUCACUGCUGCCAACAUUUCGCUUGUGACUGUGUAUGUGAAGGGUGGGGAGAUCCCCAUUACAUCACAUUUGAUGGAUUAUACUACAGUUAUCAAGGAAACUGUACUUAUGUCUUGAUGGAAGAGAUUUUACCAAUACAUAAGUUGAAGAUUUAUAUUGACAAUGUCUUCUGUGAUCCAGCUGAAGAUGUUUCUUGUCCGCGUUCGAUAAUUGUAUCGUACAAAUCACAAGCUGUCACACUCAUAAAUCAUAACCUUAUUGGAGCAGCGCAGUUAGAGGCACUCAAAGAUGGAGUAAGUUUGAAACUGCCUUAUUCACAUCAAGGUGUUAAGAUCUUGAAUUCAGGUAUUAACUUGAUUUUGGAGAUCCCUCAUCUAAACGUGGUCAUUACAUUUGGAAUAACUGGCUUUAGUGUCACCCUUCCAUAUCAACACUUUGGCAGAAACACACAGGGUCAUUGUGGGACAUGCAAUAACAACCAGGCUGAUGACUGCAGGUUGCCUGGAGGCCAGCUGGUGGAAAGUUGUGCUGUGAUGGCUGACUAUUGGCUUGCAAAAGAAAUUUCCCAACCCAACUGCCAGAUACCAUCUGUACUGCCCACCAGUAUACCUGAACCUCCACCAACCUUAACUCCAUGCAAGCCAGACUCCAUAUGUGACCUGCUUAAGAGCAGUGUCUUUGCAGAGUGCCAUCCUUUUGUCUCUCCUGACAAUUUCCACCGAGGUUGUGUUUUUGAUAGCUGCCAUGUUUCCAAUCAAGUAGUGGAGUGCACAAGUUUGCAGACUUAUGCUGCUGCCUGUGCUCAGGCUGGGGUUUGCCUUCACUGGAGGAACCACACCACACUGUGUGCAAGUAGCUGUCCAUCAAACAAAGUUUAUAAGCCAUGUGGUCCUGCAGAACAGCCAACCUGUGAAGACAAUCCUAAUGAAACUCCCAUGAACAUCACUACUGAGGGCUGCUUUUGUCCUGAUGGAAUGAAACUCUUCAACAAAGAGUCUGGCAUAUGUGUUGAUAAGUGUGGAUGUCUUGAUCCUGAGGGCAUUCCUCGUGAGUUUAAUGAAAGGUUUGAGUACAAAUGCCAAAACUGCAUCUGUAAGGAGUCCAUCAAGACUGUGACUUGCAAGCCUAAGGUGUGCCCAACACCACCUAUAACAAACUGCACUGGUCCAGGGUUUGUCUUUGUCAACCAAACAGAUCCGUCAGAUCGCUGCUGUUCCACCUACGUUUGCCAAUGUCACAGCAACACUUGCCCAGUCACCAACAUGAACUGUCCAGUUGGAUAUAUUUCAACUGUCAGUGUUCCUGAGGGAAAAUGCUGUCCAGAACAUACAUGCGUACCUAAAAGAGUUUGUGUCCACAAAGAAAGUGAAUACCAGCCUGGUUCUUCAGUUCCUGGAUAUAAAUGUCAGGAUUGUGUCUGUACCAAUGUGGUGGACCCCAAUUCUGGUCUAUUUAAGAUAUCUUGUGAGUUUCAGCAAUGUGAAAAACAUUGUGACAUGGGAUAUGAAUAUGUGGAACCUGAUUCAGAUGAAUGCUGUGGGAAGUGUGUACAGACACACUGUGUCUUUGAAGUUAACGGUACCAUGCAGUUUUUGAUGCCAGGACAAACCUGGUCACCACCUGAGAGUAAGUGUGAGUAUUACAGCUGUGUUAAGAACGGUGAGACUUUAACAACGAUUGGUUCAAACGUUGUCUGCCCGCCAUUCCAGCAGACCAACUGCCAACCUGACACAAUUCAGACUGCAGCAAAUGGAUGUUGUAAAAUUUGUGUGGAGAGGGAGAAGGCCUGCAAAUUAGAGUCCAUUAAAACCCAUGUUAUGCACAAGGGCUGUCGGUCUUACCAGGAGGUAGAUAUGCCAUAUUGUGAAGGAUCCUGCAACACUUUCACCAAGUACUCUGAAGCAGCAGCUAUUCUGCAGCAUUCUUGCUCCUGCUGUACGGAGACGCGCUCCAGCAAUCGCACCGUUAACUUGCACUGCCUGAAUGGAGAUGUGGUUCCCUUCACUUACAUCCAUGUGGAGGAGUGUAGCUGUAGCCACACAGACUGCACCAGAACUGCUGGACAACCUGCUCGCAGGAGGCGAUCGUCACAUUAAUGGAUGUGCGAUGUAAAAGUUUCUUCUCAUAUUGUCUUAACAGUCAUUACAUAUCUUAACAAAAUAAUUGCCAUUAUAGAGAAAGUAUUUAUCCAUUGAUCAAAUAAAAAACUGCAACUCA